GGAAGAAAAUGUUAAUUUUAGCUGCUGAUGCUGCUCACUACACAAGAGCACGAGAGUAACGUUUGUCACACAGAGAUUGGUGUUUUAUUUUAGAGAAACUCUUGUCAAAGUUGAUCAUGUGGGACGUUCUGCUGCUCUUUUCCAGCAUCUGUACAGCUGUUGUUGUAGGAGCUCCAGAUACAGUUACAGGACACAGAGGAGAGAGAGUUGAGAUCAGAUGCCCAUAUGAAUCUGGAUAUGAAUCAAAUUCAAAGUAUUUUUGUAGAGGGAACUGUCUCAUCAUUGGAUUUAAAAACAUCAUGGUUGAAUCAGGAUCUCCAGCUAAAGACGAGAGAUUCUCUCUGACUGACGACAAGAAGAACAGAGUUUUCACCGUCACCAUCACUGAUCUGAGAACAGAGGAUGAAGGCAAAUACUGGUGUGCUGUGAAGAGGACUUUCAUUGCUGAUAUCUUUUUAACUGAUCUCUAUUCAGAGAUUUUGUUGCUGGUUAAACAGGAUAACCAGACCACUGAAGUUUCAACCAUCAGCCCUUUUUCAAACGCAUCAUCAUAUUUCAGAACAACAGAUUUGAAUCCACAAUCCACCAGCAUGAAUCACACAGGUCACGCCCCACAUUCAGGGUCUGUCAUAUACGUCAGUGUUGGGUUAGUCAUCAUGGUGAUCAUCUUCUUCAUGAUGCUGAUGGUGUGGUGUAGGAAGAGAAGCAAGAAACCACCAAGAGUAACACAAUCAGGACCUUCACAGCAAGUGCCUGUUGGGCUUUUGCCUUUAAAUGCAACAGCAGAGAUCUCUGCAGAGGACAUUGACUGCAAUGACCAUAAUUAUCAGGAAAUCAGCGACUUUCAGUGCAAGAACAGUCAAAACACCACUAUCUACUCAACAGCAGAAAGUCCAGAUGCUCCAAUGAUCUACUCCACUGCAGAAGAACCAGAAGAUCCAGUGAUCUACUCCACUGCAGAAAUACCAGAUGAUCCAAUGAUCUACUCCACUGCAGAAAUACCAGAUGAUCCAAUGAUCUGCAGAUAAACCCAAGUGUGUCUGACUGUGUCCUGCAGUACUACAAAUCAUACAGAUUACACCCUCUACCUCAAGUUAUUCUCCCUACAAUCAAUCGGCAAUCCAGGAUGUCAUCAAAGCUCCUCCUUAUGGAAUCGUUGAUGAUGUCCUGCUGCAUGUUUUCCUGCCAAACCAGUUCAGUGGAAAUCCCGCCCUGGAGCCUAUUCUUCUGGAUUUCAUUGGCCAUGUCAAUCAACGACUGCCUACACCAAACACUGAACCCUAAACCUACCGUCACUGUAAUCUCAGCAAAUUAAAUUGGUUGCAGGGCGGGAUUUCUGCUGAAAAAAAAUCAUGCUGUCACUAUAGUACUGCUUUUCUUCUACUUCAUUUUCCUUGCCUUUUAAGCUUCACUUUUGCACUACAGUUGCAAUCAAAAUUAUUCAACCCCCUUAACCUGCAAGACAUGUUGCUGCUGAGAACAAAAUUUCAUGAAAAAAUUCAUCAACGGUUUAGAAGCUUCUGUCACUUCUUUACUGCAAUCUUGGUCCAUUCCUUGCUUGAAAAAGCUUUCAGAUCACUGAUAGUCUUUGGUUUCCAUGUUACCACUGCUUUCUACAAAUUCCACCA